UUUGGCGAGAGAGGACCGUUCCGUUCCCUUCCGUUGGCGUUGAGCGUUCAAAGACUAAACUCCAAUUGUGAAAGCACAUUCUUGAGUUGACUGACUGACUGUUGCCUCCUCGCCUACAUAUUCUCCAUGGCUUUGGCCUUCCUCCUUCCUCACCAUUCCUUCCAAUCUUGUUUACAAUAAGCUCCAAAACAGUCUGCUGCAACCGCCACUUUCCUCAGUCCCCACUCUUUGAUUCUCUGCCGUCGGGGAAUGAUGGCGCAGGCCAGGCGCUCCUUUGAACUGAACACCGGAGCUAAGAUCCCUUCGAUCGGUCUCGGGACUUGGCAAGCUGCUCCUGGCGUCGUCGGCGAUACCGUCACCACCGCCAUUAAGAUUGGAUACAGGCACAUUGAUUGUGCGCAGGCCUACGCUAACGAGAAGGAGAUUGGCUCUGCGCUUCAGAAGCUGUUUGCUGAUGGAGUUGUCAAGCGUGAUGAGGUGUGGAUCACUUCUAAGCUCUGGUGUGCUGAUCAUGCUCCUGAAGAUGUGCCAGAGGCAUUAAAUAGGACUUUGAGGGAUUUGCAGCUUGACUAUGUGGAUCUCUAUCUAGUUCAUUGGCCUGUGAGGAUGAAGAAAGGGUCCGUGGGGUUCAAGACUGAAAACCUUGAAACCCCUGACAUACCUAGUACAUGGAAAGCUAUGGAGGCCCUCUGUGAUUCAGGCAAAGCUAAGGCCAUUGGAGUCAGUAAUUUUUCAACGAAGAAGCUCGGAGAUUUGCUAGCAGUAGCUCGUAUUCCCCCUUCUGUUAACCAAGUUGAAUGUCAUCCCGUAUGGCAGCAGCCAAAGCUCCAUGAGUUCUGCAAGUCCAAGGGCAUUCAUCUCUCGGGCUAUUCGCCACUGGGCUCUCCGGGAAGUAUUAAGACCGAGGUUCUGAAGAAUCCGGUUCUCAACACAGUUGCAGAAAAAUUAGGGAAAACCCCUGCCCAAGUAGCACUGCGAUGGGGAAUACAAGCGGGGCACAGUGUGCUGCCAAAGAGCACAAACAAGAACAGGAUCAAGGAGAACUUUGAUGUUCUGGACUGGUCCAUCCCUGAUGAUUUGCUUCCCAAAUUUGCUGAAAUUGAGCAGGCAAGUGGACUUUUAGUUUCGACUCCAUGGCCCCGAUUGAACUGCAUAUGCUACUUGUUAAAUGUGUUUUGUGCACCCUGAACAGCUUAUUCCAUACUUGGCUGAGCAGUUGAGAAGCUCGUCAUCGACAGUGAGAGCUAUAUAUAACUGCAGACCUCAUUCUUUUGUGCUCUGAUUUUUGCAGGAAAGGCUGAUUAAAGGUACAGUGUUUGUGAGUGAGAGUUAUGGCGCGUAUAAGUCUGUGGAACAACUUUGGGAUGGUGAACUGUGAGAACAUAUAGAUCGCUGGGCUUCCUGUUGAAUGCUCUUGGGUCUUGUACUGCUUAGUUUUUGCAUCUGUGCUAUCUAGUCAUCGCUUUCGCGCAAUGCUGACCUUGCUGAUGAAGGAUAGUUCUAUGCCUUUCGAAUCUGGCAGAUAUGUAGUUUUCAGCUCGGGAAAGGGCAGAGUAUUUGGUAGUGUUAGUGUUGUGGUAUAUGAUCCACGAUUGAACCUCUCCCAACAACUCGAGUUAUUGGGACCAACUGGUUUAUGACAUGGUAUAAGAGCAAACGGUUUAUAGAUUAUGAUGAGACUUUUGCUCCAGUGGUUAAGAUGCAAACGGUCCGAUGUGUUUUUGCAGUUGCGGCAAUGAAAGGGUGGCCGUUAUUUCAGUUAGAUGUGAAAAAUGCGUUCCUACAUGGUGAUCUAAAGGAAACCAUAUAUAUGGAGCGCCCUCCAGGUUAUGGGAAGGGAGAUUCGAGCAUGGUCUGUAAGCUGGUACGAUCGUAAUAUGGACUUAAACAGGCACCACGUGCGUGGUUCGAGAAAUUUCACAGUACUAUUGCUCAAGAGGGUUUCACACAGAGUUAUAAUGAUCCAUCCUUGUUCUUGCGCAAUACCGUAGAUGGAGUGGUGAUCUGCUUAUAUAUGUGGACGACAUGAUCAUUACGGGCAGUGAUACCCAAGGCAUUGAUGAGUUAAAGGCUUCACUUCAUCGUUCCUUUAAUUUGAAGGACCUCGGUGCGGUGGAAUAUUUUCUUGGGCUGCAAGUUCAGCGCUCGGAACAGGGUCUCUUUGUUUCUCAGAAGAAAUACAUUGCUGAUUUGCUCGAGACAACCCAGUUUAGCACCUGCAUUCCGUGUUCGACACCCAUGGAACAGAACCUGAAGUUACAUCAGGAGAGCUGGUUUGUCAUUGAGGUCACGUGUUCAAUUCCUCAUGACCCCAAAUAUUAACCGUUAUCUUCAAAGCACAUGGUAGGGCUGGGCCUGUGCAAACUUCAAGCCCAUGAGUCGGCUUUCGUUUGAGGGGGUGUGUAAGGAAGUGGUUAAGCACCAUACACGGGCCUGUAUAAGAUCCAGCAUAACCUUCUCCCAACAACUCGAGUUAUUGGGAUCAACUGGUUCUUGACAUGGUAUCAGAGCCUUCUGUGACUGAGAGGUCUUGUGUUCGAUUCUAGGAGACCCCCAUUUGUUAAGCACAUGGUAUUCUUGUCUUCAGACAUGUGCAAUCUUCAAGCCCUUAUAAGUGGCUUUCGUUUGAGGGGGCGUGUUAGUGUUGUGGUAUAUGAUCCACGAUUAAACCUCUCCCAACAACUCGAGUUAUUGAGACCAACUGGUUUAUGACAGGUAGAUAUUACAAAAUUGGCGGAACAUAAAGUUAUUGUUAUGAACUCAAGACAACUGAUGU